GAUUGUAAAGAUGGAUAUCUAUGAUCUGAAAUCCAUCCACUGAUUCAGACUGCAAGCAAAUUGAUACCAGAGUGACUCUGUUUUAUUGAAUAUUGCCUUAAACCAGACUGUCCACCAAAACCAACAGAAAACCAAUAUCAAAAUCUCAUACCUCAAUCAGAAGGUCCUGCACCGGCUCCUCUAGCCAAAGAACUUCAAUCGAUGAAUCAACCACCUCCAGUUCAGCCAGUCAUGAAUCAGUCUGAUCCAAGUAAACCUGCACCUGCCCAGGUUCAGUCUUAUGAAGGUUGUCCACCCCAAAAUGAGCUUCCAAAUCCCAUGCCUCAGUCAGAAGGUCCUGCAACGGCUCCUCCAGCCCCAGGACCCCAGACAAAUGAUCAACCGCCUCCAGUUCAGCCAGGUUUGACUCAGUCUGAACCAGUCUAUGAAACUGUUCUCCAGGUUCCUGAAGAGCAUACAUGCAUGUGUCCUGAUCCAGCUUCUCCUCCUGCUGCUCCAGUUCAGCCCGUCAUAAAUAUGUCUGCUCCAGUUAAUGCAGUGCCACAACUGAUUCAGACAUAUAAAGACUAUCCAGUCCAAAUCUACCCUCCAAAUGCCAUACCUCAGACAGCAGGACCUGGACAGGUUCCUCCAGCUGCAGGCCUCCAGCCACAGAAUCAAACACUUCCAGUUCAGACAGUCAUGAAUCAAUCUGCUCUGAGUAAUCCAGCACCUCACCAGGUUCCAUCAUGUACAGUAGGCCAUCCUGUCCAAAUCUACCCUCCAAAUGCCAUACCUCAGACAGCAGGACCUGGACAGGUUCCUCCAGCUGCAGGCCUCCAGCCACAGAAUCAAACACUUCCAGUUCAGACAGUCAUGAAUCCAUCUGCUCUGAGUAAUCCAGCACCUCACCAGGUUCCGUCAUAUACAGUAGGCCAUCCUGUCCAAAUCUACCCUCCAAAUGCUAUACCUCAGACAGCAGGACCUGGACAGGUUCCUCCAGCUGCAGGCCUCCAGCCACAGAAUCAAACACUUCCAGUUCAGACAGUCAUGAAUCCAUCUCCAAAUCCAAUGCCUCAGCCCGGACAGCACCCUUAUCCCGUGGGAGGUUAUGUGACACAGGUUCCUCCACUUGCAGGGCACCCACAGGGCAAUCAUCCACCUCCAGUUCAGACGGUCGUGAAUCCAUCUAGUCCAGGUCAUCCCGUCCAAAACAACCUUCCAAAUCUCAUGCCUCAAUCAGAAGGUGGAACCAUGGAACUUCAGUCAGUGGGUUCUCCAGUCCAGCCAGUCUUGAAUCAGUCCGGUCCGAGUAAUCCUGCACCUGACCAGGUUCAGCCAUAUGCAGCACCUGCAGUUCCUCCACUACUUCUACUUUAUGGAGCACCCCCCGGGCUCGAAUACCUCGCUCAGAUUGACCAGAUACUCGUUCACCAAAAAAUGGAGUGUAUUGAGAUGAUUACUGGCUUUGAGACUAACAACAAGUAUGAGAUCAAGAACAGCAUCGGACAAAAGAUCUACCUCGCCAAAGAAAAGAGUAACUGCUUCGUGCGUAAUUUCUUUGGUCCAGCACGCGGGUUUAUAAUGAAAAUUACAGACCACAUGGACCAAGAGGUCAUUCAUCUGGAAAGACCAAUGCGCUGCUGCACGCAAGAGAUUGAAGUACAGUCUCCCCCUGGGAUAACCAUAGGCUACGUGAAACAGGAGUGGUCCUGCUGUUAUCCUACAUUUUCCAUCCUGGGGCCCAACAAUGACGUACUACUGAAGAUCCGGGGACCCUUCCUUCCGUUCAAAUGCUGUGGUGACAUCAAUUUCGAGGUAAAAGGCUUGAAUAGUGGACAGUCCAUUGGUCGAAUCACAAAACAACGGAGUGGUUUCAUUAAGAAGUGCAUCAGUGAUUCCACCAACUAUUGUAUCCAGUUCCCUAUGGACAUGGAUGUUAAAAUGAAGGCUGUAUUUUUAGGUGCUUGCUUCCUUAUUGACAUCAUGUUCUUUGAAAAAGGUGGAAAUUUAUUUCUAAAAUUAUUAAAGGGGUUUUAAAAUCCCUUCCUUUUUUAAAAAAGUAUUUUUUUAUAAUGGGUCUGAAUUUAAUAAUAUCCCAACAUUUUC